GACCGUUGUUUACCAUGGCGACGGGGACGCCACCGUUUGCUGUUCGGAGACUAAAAGUGCUUUUGCCAUUAUUUCUAAUAAUUUGCAUAGAUAUUAUUUCCUGUCAGCAGUUUAUCAUACCCUAUACGGCUCCUGCAGAUUGUAGUGAAGAAUUUUUCGAUAUCUCGAGUAUUUCAUGUGUGAGGUGCGGUCCAAAUCAACUACGGAGCACAACAGGACUGAGAUGCAUUUGUAAAACCGGCUACCAAACCAUCACCACUGAUAAGGCGUCCAUAAUUUGUCAGCAAUGUUCAACAGACAAACCAGCAGUAACUACUGAUGGGUUUGGGUGUAUUCGCUGUCCAGGCAGUCUCAGUGAUGAUGGAAAGUGCCAGUGCCCAAAAGAUAGUGUCCUGGUGGAGAGAGAUGUCAGUGGAAACCUUUUGGAUGAGGCAAGAUGUGAAACGUGUAAUGGAAACUCCCCUGCUCUGUCUGUCCCAAACAACAGUGGAGAUAGGUGUGAGCGAUGCCAGGCCUCUUUCACUAACACCUCGUGUUUGUGUAAACCUCCUAAUGUCUUGGUAGGAGGGUUAUGUUUCCCUCCAGGCAGCCUCUCCACCAAUGUGAAUCCCAGUGUUAACUUUGCUCAGUUGAAGUUCAGCGUGCAGUCUGCCUGGUUUGUCCAGAACCUGUACUCCGCAUCGGCAGCAUGCCUUGUUUUCUCAAACCUAACCGCAUGUCAGGCACUUGGGAACAUGUGUGUGAUGAACAUGCACUCCUUCACUGGCGUGUCCACUGAUGCCUGCGGCCUCUUUAACACUAUCUACAGAUCCAGGGCUGCUCUGAGCUCAACUCAAGACAUUUCAUAUUGGAGAGUUAAUCUGCCGUGGCUCUACUAUGGGGAAGAACCAGGACUGGCUGGUAGAGUGCUUCAAACUGAUCCCGUUCCCGUUGGAUUCAGUUUCAGAGGCAGAAACAAAGUACCGAACACUGACAUUAAGCUGAUUGCUGCUGUCUAUAAUGUCAGAGGAGAGUUCCUUAGAUGGGAGCCUGUAGGAGGACAAAAUAUCCAGCUUUGUCCAGACACAAAAACCAAACAGGUGGCAGCCUUCAGCUUUGGAACCGCCUACCAACAAAGUUGUGAUCUGUCAGUAAAAGAGCUGUUGGAUACGUAUCCAGAGCCGUUGUUCUACGAUGUGUUUAUGGAGCUUGGUGGAGGAGAGAAUAAAAAACUUCUGCCCUUGCCUACACUCGUCAAUAACCAGCAAUACAAUGGACGUUUCAUCAACCAAGAGAGCAUGAAGAACUGGUACCUGUCCCGACGAAUAUUUCUUGUCGAUGGACUGAGCGGGAGAGAGAAGAGCUUAAGUGCCCAGCCUAAAGUCAUCCGUGUAACCAGCAGUGUUAAAAUAAGGUUCCAGCUGGUCCCACGAACACUUGAGGGACAGGUUUAUCCUCCUCUAAUAAUCAUGACCUACAGAGACGUUCCCAUCACAGAUAUCGAUACUCAAACUGUGUCUAUAACAUUUGCUGUGGAGUAUGAGAUGGAUCAGAAUGAGGCCCGCAUGAAGACAAAUACGGCUCUGGGUGUGAUGGGUGGCGUGGCUGUGCUCUAUUCUCUACUGAAGACGGUCAGCUGGAAGAGAAGGAUUGCGUCUCCGCUCAUUGAUGUGGAGACGGUGAUGAAGUUUUUGUUGUUUUAUGCCGGAGAUCUGGCCAAUGUUUUCUUUACCGUCACCGUUGGAACUGGACUUUACUGGCUUAUCUUUUACAAGGCCCAGCAGUCUGUAUCAGUGCUGUUACCACUGCCUGCUCAGGAGGAGCAGUUUGUGACCUACAUCGGCUGCGCCUUCGCCCUCAAGGCUCUCCAGCUUCUCCACAAGCUGAUCCUUCAGGUGUCAGUCGAUGUUUUCCUGAUGGACUGGGAGAGGCCAAGAAGCAAAGCUGGCAGGACUGUGCAAGCGGCUGGUGAGUCCAAACGUGAGCCCUCUCCGGUCAGCAUCUGGAGGACCUAUUUUGUGGCCAAUGAAUGGAACGAGAUCCAGACCAUCCGCAAGAUCAGCCCAACUUUUCAAAUAAUAGCUGUGCUCUUCUUUCUUGAGGUGCUGGGUUUCUCCAACCUAGCCCUGAGAGACCCCUGGCCGACCUUAGAGCGCUCCCCAGAGGCGUAUACCCCCGCCUACAGCCUGAUUCUCCGCUACGGCGUGGCAGCAACUUUGUGGCUCUGCAUUGGACUUCUGCAGGUGAUUUUCUUCACCGUGUUUUAUGAGCACUUUGUGGAGGACAAAGUACGUCAGUUUGUAGAUCUCUGCUCCAUCAGUAAUAUAUCUGUGCUGCUGUUGUCUCACCGUUGUUUUGGCUACUACAUCCAUGGGCGCUCAGUACAUGGACAUGCAGAUACAAACAUGGAGGAAAUGAACAACAAUCUGAGGAGAGAACAUGAGUCUCUGUGUAGUCAAAGAGGUCUACUUCCCAACUCAGAGCUGCAGACCUUUCAGGUGUCUAUCACAAACCGUUUGCGGGUUCAAUACGACAGGAUACGGGAGCCUUUCAGCAGGGGUAACAUGUUUCCUGGACUUCAUAGGAAUGGUCCAUCACGGUUGAUGGACGCAGGCUCUUGUAAUGGGUUGGAGCAGCAAGCCAAAGCCUACAACACCAUGAACUACUUCCUGGGAUCCAUUAUAGACCAUGUGAGUGCAGAUGCACAUCAGCAAAAAAAACUCCCACAAGCACACUGAUGCCUGGUGAAGUUUGAAUUCAUAGAGAGAGAGAGAGAGAGUUGAUUUCAUUAUGAGGCCCACUCCUUCAGUGAUGUGCUGUAUUAUGGAAAUGAGGCUACACUGCUGAUCUUUGACACUUUGUUUUUCUGUGUCGUCGACCUGGGAUCCCAGAGCUUUGUGCUUGCAGCUGUUCUUACAUAUUUACAGCAAAUGAUACUCCGCCUGCUCCGUAACACUCUCGGAAGGAAGAACCUUGUCAACAAGACUAUGGUGGAUGAGCGGUUUCUGAUAUGAAAUGACCUGUUAAUACGUAGUGUCAGUGUUGUUUAGUGGCAUUUCUCUCAAAAGUGUUUACUGUUCACAGACUGCGCAGCUUUCUUUUUUACUUUUCUAUAAAUAUUCAGCAUUUUCACUUCCGUUUCAUGAUGUAAAUAUGAUCAUUUUAACAAUAUUUUUUAAAUGUUUUUUUAAUAAUUAAAGUAUUUUGAUAUAUG